ACACAGACACAGACACAGACACAGACACAGACACAUACUCACACACAGACACAGACACAGACACAUACACAUACUCACACACAAAACCACACACAAGGAUCUGAGGACGGUUGAGCCGGGCCAAGCCGGGGUUAAGAUGUUGAAGACAGAUAUUAGUCCUUACUGAGGCGGCCAUAGAGAGGAACAAGAGAGAGACAGCCAAUGAGAAAGAGAUCUUUUGUAAUUCUCAAGCCCUCUCUUGUGUCUGGUUCAAAGACGCUUCCCAGGACCUUCUUGAAAGUAGAGGGUGUGUUUUCUUCUUUUUUUUUUUUUUUUAAAGAGGAAACUCCAUUUGGCUUCUGCGGAGGUGUCUCAUUUUGGCAGGUUCUUCCCCCACUCUCUCACUCACUGUGCCGGGACCUCACGUGUGUGUGUGUGUGUGUGUGUGUGUGUGUGUGUGUGAGUGUGUGUGUGUGUGGUCUCACUGGGUUGUCCAGAGACUGACUUUUUUCAUCAUUAUUGUAUGUGAAGCAGAAGAUCCUCCUCUGUCUCCAUCAGAGCUUUCUCCCUCUCUGGCAACUGCAGCACAGGAUGUGGACUCUCACCCGAGUGCUCUCGCACAUGCUGCUGCUGCUCUGUGGACUAAAGCUGAUGCUGGCUGCCGAGGACCACAGACUCCAAAGUCCCCAGGAAAACCGUUGGGCGAAAGAAGUGCGGUCGGCCUCAAGCCUUGAGGAGUUCCUGAGGCUAACUAACUUCCCCGACUGGAAGCUGUGGAAAUGCCGUCUGAAGCUGAAGCACCUGGACUCGUCUCAGCUGAUGGAGUACCGCGCCCCCUCCCACCGCUCCACACGAUAUGCCUCCGCCUCCUAUAGUCUGGAGAUUUUGAAAGCUAUUGACGACGAGUGGCAGAAGACCCAGUGUAUGCCCAGGGAGACGUGUGUGGAUGUGGCCAAGGAGCUGGGCACGCCGACAGCCAUGUUCUUCAAGCCGCCGUGCGUCUCCGUCUUCAGGUGUAAUGGCUGCUGCAACAAAGAGGGAGUCACCUGCAGGAACACCAGCUCCACAUACGUCAACAAAACUAUCUUCAGUGUGUUCCCAUUUAAACAUGGCCCUGAGCCUGUGUUGGUGAAGGUGGCCAAUCACACGGAGUGUAAGUGCCUGGAGCCGCCAUUGAUCCGCAGGCACACGCCCACCCGCAGGAGGAACUGGUGUUCCCGUGCCGGCCAAUCAGAGGACUCCCACAGGCUUUGUGACAAUGGGCUGAUCUAUGACUGUAUGGAGGAUCGCUGUGUACCGUACCCCUCACGACAACCAGCUCCAGAGGUUUCCCCCAGUGUCCAGAAUGCGCACUGUGAAAUCGACGUGGAUCGCUGCGCUUGCAUUCCGAGAGAACAGCGGCCAACAUAAUCUCCAUGGCAUCCAGUGAAAGCCACUGCAUCAGCCAGCUGCAAAUGAAGAAAUAGCCCUUGGCGAAGAGAGAACGCAGACGAUCUGCUGGACUUGAAAGCAGAGUACAACACCUUCUAAUUUAUUAAUUAAUGUCCCUAUUUAUAUCACAUGGCCAUGUACAGCCUUUGCAUUUUAAUCAUCUCCUGAUUGAUCAUUAACAAAACUGCAAAAGGUUUUUUUUGAAUAUGUGCUUUCUGUGUUUGUGUUUCGGAGUAGUGUGUAAAUAUGACGCAUGCCUUCAUUAUGUGCACUGAGCGAACAAGUCAAAAAUGUACUUUAAAAGAUAGAUAUUUUUGUAAUUUCUUGGCAAGCUGUGUAAAUAGAUAUUUUCUGUGUAAAGUG